AUGAGGUCUCUCUCAACUACCCUUCUGGCUUUCGCUACUCUGGCUGACGCCCACUACAACUUCGAACGCUUGAUUGUCAAUGGAAAAACUACGGAUCCUUACGAAUACGUUCGCGCCGUCGGACCCAUGGUCGGCAACAGCCCGUUUUACGAUGUGAAGCACAAUGACAUCCGGUGCAACAAUGGUUCCUUUGCUGCUGCGAGCAAGACAAAGACCUACCUCGUCAAGGCAGGUGACACACUCGGAUUCACUAUCCGCGAUGUUUUAGGUCACCCUGGCCCACUCUUUGCCUACAUGAGUAAGAGCACUGUAGCCAAUGUGAGCGCCUACCAAGGUGAAGGUGAUUGGUUCAAGAUAUAUGAGAUGGGAGUGAAGACCUAUGCCAACUACAGUCUGGCAAUGACGUGGCUAAGCGACGGAUGGAAGACUUUCGACUUUCUGAUACCAAAAGACAUUGAAAAUGGCCAAUACCUCCUUAGGGCAGAGCAUAUCGCUAUCCACUCCGCUGGCGGACCUGAGGGUGCUGGGGCACAGUUCUACAUUGGUUGUGCGCAAAUCGAAGUUUCGGGAGCUACAGGAAAAAAGCCGAGUCCUGUUGGGAAAUUCCCAGGUAUCUACAAUCCUCGCGAUCCUGGUAUCUACUUCAGCCCAUACUGGCCGCCGAUCGUCAACUACACCAUGCCCGGUCUCAAAGUCUACCCCGAGGGUGGUUCGUUCCCGGCUUUCAUAGCGGAUCCAGCUAAGCCUGUGGCCACGCAACCGCUGCCUGCAUCGUUCGCCGGGGCGAAGCCUACUCCGGUAAUCGUUGCGUGA